CAUCAUUGUAGUAAACAAACAAUGUAUGGAACUACUAAUGAAGGAAUCAUAAGAGAUGCCUUCUAUGGGUAUGUUCGGUUUUUCGAUACCGAAAGGAAAGAACUUGAAGAAAUUGAUAAAGAUGAGAAUUGGGAUCUAUUUCUAAACAUGAUGAAUGGAUGCUUCAGAAGUGUAGAGUUCUUGAAACGAUGCUAUAACCUUCCUAUCAUGGAGAUAGCAGACCAUGAAUUGUUCGACUUGGUGGUGGCCAAUGAUUUGAGCACAACCCUUUGGUGUAACCAUGGUUGGCAUGAUUUCAAAUAUGCCAAUUAUGAAACAUGUACUAAAAUGGUGGCAAAUGGGAUAAACUAUGGACCAGUGGCAUUCAUUUGUGUUUUGUAUGAUUGGAAGGACUUGUAUCGGCAGUGUAUAUUGACCUGUAGAAGUAAGAAGGCGUAUAGUUUAGCAUUGUACUUGAAGAGAGAGUUCUACGUGGCCGAACAGGAAAAAUUGGAGUGGCGUGAAGAAGAUAAAGAAAGAAACAUAGAUGAUUCGUAUUGUUUGAGGAAAUUGAAUACAAACAAUCGGGAAUUGGAAACCAAUCUCUGGCCCCAUGUCUAUGGGCCAUGGGAUUCAAUUUUGGACUGUUAUGAUGAAACAGAGGCCAUGGUUGAAGGAGACCAAUUGGACGACAAAUACUUCACAAAGUACAACAUUGUGAACAAUUUUGACAUCGCCUACAAGGCCUAUGAGAGGGGUGAUAGAUCAAAUUGUGUACUUUCUAAAUUGAUCUGUACUGCCCCAUGGAAGAUUAGAGACUUGUACAAAGAGUAUAGACCUUUCUUGGUAUUCUGUAGGACAAAGAUAGACAAUCUGUGGUGGAUGGAGAAAAUCAACCCAUUGGUCAAGUACAACGUGUUGUAUAUCAACAUGAUGUGUGCCGCCACAAUUGACGGACACUUUUACAGAGAGGAAGAGAUUGAGUUGCCGGAAUACAAUCUAUAUGUGUUGGCCAAGAGGUUGAGAAACAAGAGGGUUGAAAAGAGGAUCCUUGAACUAUACGAGGUUCACAAAAAGUUGUAUAAGAUCAUGGAUCUCGAGAAUGAAACGUACCUCAGUCCUUACGAGGAGAUAUUCGAGUUGCCCGAGCCUGACAACAUCGACUUGAUCACGGGAGAAGAACUUAACCCUUACUAUAUGUAUAAGUAAUGGAGUACUUAGUUCCAGAAUGCGCUAGCGGAGCGGCUCACUGCCAUACCGGGAAGGGGGAGGCGUUAUACCCUGCGGGGCUGUAAGCCGCUCCGCUGGCCCCUGCUCGGGGAGAGCCACUGCGUGGUGCCUAGCUCCUCUACGAGGAGUUCCCUCGCAACCAUUCCU